AUGGCCCUUUCAAGUACCAAGCAACACAGCCGUAUAUCAUCUUUUGUAACCAUUCGCUUCUUCCAGCCAAAUGACAGAGAAGCUUGUCAGAAAAUAUUCGUAGAUGGAAGCAACGAGAGUGUAAAGGAUAAGUGUUUGUUUUUUCUGAGGAUAGUAACAUGGUAUUUUGCUGUAGGAGCUGUUCCUGCCUCAUUCACAGCAAUCAUAUGGUCACCUUGGAUUUUAGCAGUAUAUUUUCUUCUUGCGUUUUUAUUAUUCGUAUACCCCAUCAUUUACUGGUUGAGCAUUUUCAAAAGCUGGCAGAAAUCCAGGUUAAAUACAAAGUUUAGUUUGUCUGACGGAGGGCAAAUUUGGGUUGCAGAGUUAAAUAGUAAAGUUGUGGGGAUGGUGCCGACUCACUCCUAA